AUCAAUAUAUAUAUAAACACACAUUUCUUAAACCCAUAAACCCAUUUUUCAUCGCAAUUCAGCUUCUCUUUCUCUCACCCAAACCCUACUUUCUCUCACUUUGCUUCACUGCGCAGUUCCUCCCAAAUGGAUGCUCCAAUGCAGUUUUGGGGUGUUGAGGUUAAGGUGGGACAGACUGUUAAGAUAGACCCAAUGGAUCCAGAGAGUUCAUACAUUCACAUUUCUCAGGUUGCACUUGGUGAGGCGAAGAAGGACAAAGCAAGUGAACCUGUGGUUCUGUUUGUGAAAGUUGGUGCCCAGAAGAUUGUUUUGGGAACCCUUAAUAGGAAUGACAUUCCUCACCUAUCGUUGGAUUUGGUUUUGGACUCUGACUUUGAACUUUCCCACAAUUCAAAAAGUGCUAGUGUCCAUUUCUGUGGAUACAAAGUUCUAACUGAUUCGGACAAUGUUUCCGACUUUUCUGAUAGUGAUGAUGAUCUUCCAGUGGAGGGCUUAGAAAAUGGAAUAUUUGCAAUUAAACCUGAAGGUGCAAAAGUUACCAAACCUUCUAAACCUGUUCCCUUGACUGGUGCAUCAGCAAAACAAGUUAAGACAGUUGAUCCCAAGAAAGUUGAGGAGGAUGACUCUGAUGAUGACGAUGAUUCUGAUGAUGAGGAAGCUAAUGAAGAUGAACUCAACAGUUCUGAUGAGAUGGAUGAUGAUAGUGAUAGUGAUGAGGAAAGUGAGAGUGAUGAAGCUGAUGAGGAAACCCCUGAAAAGAAGGGCAAGAAGAGAGCCAAGGAGUCUGCAUCAAAAACCCCAGUUUCUGCUAAAAAAGCUAAGAAUGCCACCCCUGAAAAGACUGAUGGUAAGAAAAGUGUACAUGUAGCAACUCCUUAUCCUUCGAAGAAAGGAGGGAAGUCUCCCAACAGUAAUGCAAAAGGCAAGACUCCCAACAAUAAUGCAAAAGGCAAUACUCCCAACAGUAAUGCGAAAGGCAAGAAUCCCAACUCUGCAGGUGGAAAGAAGCCCCAAUUCCGGAAGUAGUAAAAAGUCACUUACCAACGAAAUUGGUCUUGUCUUGCGACAACAUAAGAAGGUUGAGCAUGGUGGUCAGUGAUGUCUUUUACCGUACUUAUGUAGUAGUCAUUUUCCCUUGUAUUGCAGUGAGUAGGUUCGGAACGUUCGAAAUUUUAUACUCACUCUAAGGUUUUAAAAUUUUGUUUUGAGGUCGAUGAGCGCCCACAUAUUCGGUCUGCUGCCUUUAAAUCCUGUUCAUUAUUCAAUUGAGUGCCUAUGUUUUUCUAUUGGCAUUAGACAUAUUUCUCAUUCAAAUCUAGCUUAUGUUAUUUAUUGCUACCGCUA